AUGUAUACUACAUUCGUGACUUUGGCUCUGGCAGUCUUCUAUCUAGACGCUGCGCUGCUCGUUAAUGCUGGUCUUUUCGUUUAUCAACCUUUCUCUGGCUCUACGUGUCGAGCAGGUGAACCGUGUCUUAUCAGCUGGGUAGAUGAUGGUUCCCGGCCGCUACUCUCUGCAGUUGGUGUUGCUACAGUUGGAUUGUACACGGGCAAGCAGCAACUUGUCCAAACUAUCAGUCCAGUAGACGUUGCAAAGGUCCACUCAGUAACAUUUACGCCCAAUCCAGCAGCUGGUCCCAAUUCAGACACUUACUAUAUUGCCAUUACUUCCACUACACUCCAAGGGAAUAAUAGCGCACUGUAUACCGGAUGGUCUCCCAGUUUUGUUCUCACUGGGAUGACCGGCUCAUUUGACACGCCCUUACCAUCAGCCGUAUCACCAAUUUCAGUCCCUGCGUCUCUCACCCAACCAUCCGCAACUGAGUCAGGGACCAGAACAGUUACAGUCGGUGUGAUACCUACCACGAUACCAUCAAUCCCAUCACCUCCACCGUCAUCUCCUUCAAUAUCUACUUCAUCUUCGUCAACAGCUAUCGUGGCGCCAUCUUCUUCGACAACUGUCUCCUCAUCAUCCAGCUCAACAUCUUCCAGAUCUCUGUCAUCUACGUCUAAGUUGACAACUGUGAUAUCUCCGCCAUCUUCUACAUCUCUUACUACAUCGUCUUCUGCUUCGCCAUCCCCUACCUCUGCGUUGAGUUCGAAUACCAGCGGUUCUUGCAGGGGUGCCAGCAUCCUUUCACCUUUAACAUAUCUUUCUCGAACAUUCGACGCCAUCCUUCCUUGGACACCUUGUCGCUUGCCAAGAGAGCAUGCGAACCCCGCCCAUCUACAGGCGUAG